CUCCGUGAGGCGGCUCCGUGAGGGGGCUCCGUGAGGGGGCUCCGUGAGGGGGCUCCGUGAGGGGGCUCCGUGAGGGGGCUCCGCCGGGGCUCCCGCGGCUCUCCGGUGUCCCGGGAGCUCCUGCCGGGCUCUUCCAAAUUGGGGCCAAACUGCCCCCUUCGUCCCGGUGGCGGCGCCAGGAGCCCCUCGCCGCCCGGAAUGGGGUUAUUCGACUGCCCUUGCGCUGCCCUUCCCUUCCCAGGGGAUUCUCAGCACCGUGUCCCCUCUGCCCCUCAGUAAUCAGGGGUAGCCAAGGGAAUGUUUUUCCACUUUUGCUCAUGUGCUCAUAGAAUGGUUUGGGUUUGUAAGUGUUGGGGAAGAUGAAAUAGGACCUUAAAAAUCAUCUCGUUUCAGGCCCGUGCCAGGGGCAGGGACACCUUCCACAAGACCAGGGUGCUCAUAAGCCCCAUUCAGCCUGGCCUUGAACACUUCCAGGGAUGGGGCAUCCACAGCUUCUCUGGGCAUCCUGUUCCAGUGCCUCACUACCCCCAGAAUAAAGAAUUUGAUGCAUAUUCUAAGUAGCUUAAAUUUCCCCUCUUUCAUUUUGAACCCAAGGCAUUUGCAAUGUGCCUUGUGAGUGCAAAAAUGAGACCCGAAUGUUGGGCCUGGGGUGGGUGGCUAAAGUGACUGCACUACAGUGGUGCUUGUGCUGGCCUGUCAUGUAGAAGUUUUAAACAAAUAAAUUUUUUCCUAGGAUUGUCUUUUUAGCCAGUGGUCUGAAGACUGAUGCUGAUUGGUCCACAGGUAGCUAAAGUAUUAGCCAAAGGAAGUACUCAACAUUAAGUAACAUGUCUUCCACCAAACCUCCAAAUGAAAAUGAAACACCCAAAGAGAGAAAACCAGGACUGAGGAGUGUUCAGACAACUAUGCUUUUCCGAGCUGUGAACCCAGAGCUUUUCAUUAAACCUAACAAACCUGUGAUGGCGUUUGGACUGAUAGCAAUUAGCCUCUGUGUGGCUUACCUUGGUUAUUUGCAUGCAACAGCAGAGAAUAAAAAGGACCUCUAUGAAGCAAUCAACAGUGAGGGAUCCAGAUACAUGAGGAGGAGAACUUCCAAGUGGGACUGAGAAUGUAAGAAAGGAAAUGAGUAAAUCAUUCACAGAACCUUUCAAGGCAACUACUGGUUUUUUUCUCUUUCCUUUGAACUAAUGGAUAAAUGUCUCUCUUGCUGUUUAAUCCAAGUUCCUUUAUAAAAUGCUGUGCCUGUACAAAUAAACUGCAGUAAAGAUACAUAUGAAAAUAAAAGUGAUUUUAAGAA